AUGGGAGCCCUUCGAUUUGCGCUGAUGCUAUGGGCAGCCUCGGUUCAAACAAGCUUAGCUGUGCCACUCAACCAGACUACAGCAUACUCUAACAAUACCUUGUGCAAGGCUAUCCCUGGUGACUCAAGCUGGCCGACUGACGCAGACUGGGCUCAACUGAACAGCACUUUGAACGGACGUCUGAUUGCCUCAGAACCAAUCUCUUCCGUAUGUCAUAAUCCAAGCUUUGACGAAGAUGCUUGUUCAGCUCUGAGGGAGAUUUGGCCUUUUGAUACGCCUCAUCUUGACUCCCCCCCAGAUAUUCUUGCUCCAUACUUCCAAAAUCAAAGCUGCGAUCCAUUUACUCCCAGAGAACGACCAUGCUCUUUGGGCAAUUAUGCGUCUUACUCAAUCAACGUCACAGGAGCUGCGGAAAUCCAAGCGGGUAUCCGAUUUGCUCGUGAGAAGAAUGUUAGACUAACAUUGAAGAAUACCGGGCAUGACAUACUAGGGAAAUCAACCGGCAAAGGCUCGCUUUCUCUGUGGCUACACAACUUGAAAGCGAUAGAAUUCUUUGACAACUAUAGCCAAGGCUCCGAAUACAGAGGCCCAUAUGUCAAGCUCGGAGCGGGAGUGAUACUUGACGAGGCCUAUACCGCCGCAUCUACCCGAGGAUUUCGGGUAGUUGGCGGCACUUGCCCGACCGUGGGGAUAUCUGGGGGUUAUGCCGCUGGUGGUGGGCACGGCGCUUUUACAUCAAUCUAUGGCAUGGCCGCAGAUAAUGUUCUGGAAUGGGAAGUUGUCACAGCAGACGGAAGCCACCUAUUCGCCAACCCGGAAAGUAAUAGCGAUUUAUACUGGGCACUUAGUGGUGGUGGCCCUGGCACUUUUGCUGUUGUGGUUUCCAUGACCAUGAGGGUAUACCAGGACGACCUCAUGACCUCCACUAGCCUUACCUUCAGCAACACCAGCGUCGGUGGCGUUGAAGAGUUCUGGCGCGGUGUCACGGCAUUUCACAGCAGUCUGGUUCCUCUUGUCAGUGCGGGAUCCGUUGCCUCCUUCGUGCUAUCGCAAACCUCCCUCACAGCCUUCAAUAUUGCUAUUCCAAGCAGUAACAGCACUUUGGUGAAUUCUACCCUGGGUGAGAUCACAGCGACAAUGGCACAGGCUGGUGUCAACGCGAGCCUCAUACCUACUCAGUACUCGGGUUUCUUUGAGAUGUAUAAUGCAACUCUCAAACCUGUGGUUGAGAGUACCCCGGCUGCACAAAUUGCUGGAGGUCGCUUAAUCCCGCGAAGUCUAAUCGAAAACAACGACACAUCACUUGAAGUGACGCAGGCGUUUCGAUCGGCUGUAGAGGCGGGCUUCAAUGUCAUAUGCGUUGCGAUUGAUGCACGGAAGCCACCCAUGUACGAGAAUUCCGUAUUUCCUGGGUGGAGGUCCUCCUUGAUGACUUGUUUGAUCCAACAGUCAUGGGACUUCAACGUGCCUAGAGAGGAGAUGUUGUUACGGCAGGCAAAAUUGACAGACGUUGUCAUGCCCGAGAUCGAAGCGGCCACUCCAGGUGGAGGCGCAUAUCUCAAUGAAGCCAGCUUUCAGCAGUCUGAUUGGCAGCAGACAUUCUACGGCGCCAAUUACCCUCAAUUAAUGGCUGUGAAGUCGAAGUACGACCCUGAAACUUUGCUGUACGCUGCGACUGCUGUGGGAAGCGAAGCGUGGGUUCCAGAUUCUGACGGUCGUCUGUGCCGCUCAUAA